AUGGAAAGAGAUUCAUUAAUAGCCCAUGGAACAGCUUUUUGCUUACAAGAUCGUCUUUUAAAUUGUUCAGACAAAGAAGAAGCUCAUGUCUGUGGAAGAUGUGGUUCAAUAGUUUCUGUUAGUCAACUUAAACCACACAUGGCUAUGCUUAAAUAUGGCGCUAUUGAAGAUGAUUUUCAAAAAUUUACUCAAAUUCAUUGCUCGCUUUGUAAAAAAGAUGAUCAAGUUUUUCAAGUUCAAAUACCACGUGUUUUUCGCUAUCUUUGUGCCGAACUUAGUGCUGUUAAUGUAAAGAUACAAUUAUCUAUUGCACAUCCCCGUGAUAUUAAACAUUAA